GUUAUUUUUUUCUCGAAACGCAUAGUGAUCAGUCAACAAACAAAAAUUUCGCGACUUCUUCGCCACAGCGCUCGAGAUUAAUGAGCGAGUGUGAAUCGUUUUAAGAACAAAUCGCUGAUUAGGCCAUGUUUCAAGACAGCUGCGACUCGCUGGGCACGAGAUCGCUGCCCAGACGCGAUCGGUCGUCGCCAUCGUCGUUGAUUUGCUCCACGACCCGCACAGGACGACUAGGAAGCGCGUCCGGUCAAGUCAUCAGCCAUGAAACGCUUCCGGUCUCGUUUUCCGACGUGCCGUUGUUCGACGGCGACGACGACGAUGAUGGUGGCGACCGGGCGUUCCAAUGUACGUUGGUCAUUAUCAAACCGGAAGUCGCCCGGCUGAUGUACAAGGUGGAAUGUGUAAUGGCGCAAAAUGGAUUUAUCAUCAAAACGAAGGAAGUGUUUCGAUUGACCCGGGAUCAGGUGGCGGAGUUCUACGAAGAGCACGCACUGGCCCCAUACUUUACCAGACUAGUGGAUCACAUGUCCGGAGACCCGGUAGUGGUGUACGUGUUGUCCAAGAGAAAUUGCGUCGAAGAAUGGCAGCGACUGAUCGGGCCGGCGGACGUUACUCGGGCCAAACGCUUGUUUCCGGUCAGUCUGCGAGCCAUAUACGGCACGGAGCAGGGACCAGAUCCGGUAGCCAACGCUUUUCACGGCAGCGAUUCUCCGGCCGCAGCGGAGCGGGAAAUAAAAUUCUUUUUCCCAAACAAUAAAUUGGAUGCGACCACGGGCGGCGGAGAUGACUUGGUGGAGUACAUAAAAGACGCCAUGAUGCCAACGAUUUCCAAAGGUCUGUCCGAAAUGUUCAACAUCCAACCCAACGACCCUCUAAGGUGGUUUGGAAAAUGGUUGUUAACCAGGGAUGUAUAA